AUGGUGAGUGACAAUCAACUGCAAUUAGAGAAAAGAAUCAAACGACGUAAAAAAUGUUCGAUCAAGUCCAACGGUACAUUCGAUGCUGAAACUGAAAAUCUUAUUCAACAAUGGGGAGAAUUAUCUGAUGAGAUCAAUACUUUCAAAGAAGAUCAUCAAAAAUAUUUAAGUCAAUUAGAAACAAUUGAAAAACUCAAAAAUGAACAUCAAAUUCAAUUUAAUAAACUUGAGAAAAAGAUUCAGCAUUUAAAUGAAUCUAUUGAUAUUCAUCAAUCAUUAAUUAUUCUACCUGAUAAUGACAAUGAAAAGUUGGAAGAACGUCUCAUUCGUCUUGGUACAAUUCGUGAAUAUUUAAUUGAACAACGUUCAAAUUAUUUCCAACGAAUUCAAUAUACAUUGCCACAACCAUCGGAAAUUUAUUUACGCAUCAUUCUUGGAAGUCAAUUACCUGUUUCGAUUUUAAAUAAAUCUGAACAAUUGAAAUAUAAAGAAAGUUAUGAACAUUUUAAAUUACGUGUUACACUAAUUCUUAUGAUUAUAUCAUUAUUAAUGUCGACGAUUAUACCAAUGAAUCGUGCGUUGGAUGCACUUUUUCAUUUCUUACUUGUUUGGUAUUAUUGUACAUUAACAAUUCGUGAAUCAAUUCUUGUUGUCAACGGUUCCAAAAUACAACCAUGGUGGCGUUUACAUCAUUUUAUUGCAACAAUAUCGACAUGUAUUGUCUUAAUUUGGCCAUCAGCAGAAUCCUAUCAAAUCUUUCGGCAACAGCAUUAUGUAUUUAGUUUGUAUAUAACUUUCGUUCAAGUGCUUUUGUAUUAUUAUCAACGGGGUCUUCUUUAUCGUUUGAGAGCAUUAGGAGAUUCCGAUGAAUUUCAAAUCUCUAUUGGAGGUUUUCAAUCAUGGAUGUUACGUGGUCUUACAUUUCUUGCACCAUUUCUUGUGAUUGGAUAUGUAUUUCAAUUGUAUAAUGCGUAUGUUCUCUUUGAAAUUUCAAUAGAUCCAAAAAGCGAACCAAAUCCUCAUUGGCAAUUUAUGUUGAAGAUUCUUUCAGGAAUAUUUUUGAUUUUAUUCUUGGGAAAUUCUCUUACGAUGUAUAUAGUUUUGCGACGAAAGAUUCGUGAACGUGUUCACGAUAUUCAAUGGUUACAACAUCGUUAUGAAACUGUAAAAACGUUAAUCAAUCGUGUUCGAUCAGUCAUUUCAUUUCAAAGAUAA